CAUGAUGUUGCGAGCUCUACUCGCAAUAGCAAUUCUUGCGACAGCAGGUUUUACACAGGAACAUAAAAACUCUAAAGCUGCAACUAACAAUAAUCCAAAUGAACUUCUGAAGAAAGCCAAAGAAUUUCUAGCCACAGCCAAUAAAGAGGACGGUGAAUGGAUCAAUAAACAAUUUCAAGCAGACUGGAAUUAUGAUACUAAUAUCACGGAUGCAAAUUCAGCAGUCAAACUUGAAGUCUCUAACGAGGCUUCAGGAUUCAAUAAAAUAUUGUGGGAAAAGGUUAAGUCUUUUCCGUGGAGGGAAUUAAAAGAUGAAAAUGUCAAGAGACAGUUCUAUCUGUACAGCAACAUUGACGAAUAUUCGUUGCCAGAGAAGGAAUUCAAGGAGUAUGCUGAUAUUAGGAAUCAGAUGACAGAAAAUUAUUCCACCGCAAAAUUAUGUGAUCCAAAAAAUCCGAAGAAUUGUACUUUAUCUCUGCAACCAGAAAUAGAAACACUCAUGGCCCAAAGUCGUGAUCCUGAACUUCUCUUGGAUAUUUGGAAACAAUGGCGAAAUGUCAUUGGACAAAAAAUCAAGCCACUCUAUCCUAGAUAUGUUGAGUUGGGUAAUAUGGCUGCAAAGUUAAAUAAUUUUACUGACAAAUCUGAAAUGUGGCUGCAAAGGUAUGAAGCAAAAGAUUUUGAGCAAGAUAUUGGAAAUCUUUGGCGGGAACUGAAGCCUUUUUUCUUACAAAUCCAUGCUUACGUAAGAAGCAAAUUGAAUCAGAAGUAUGGAGAUUCUGUUGUCUCAAAGGAUGGACCCAUUCCAGCUCAUUUACUUGGUGAAAUGUGGGGUGCAACAUGGACAAAUAUUGCUGACUUUACUCUUCCUUACCCUGGCAAGAUGUUACCAGAUGUUACGGCAGCUCUGGUUGCACAAAAAUAUGACGCGAUAAAAAUGUUCAGACUAGCAGAAUCCGCUUUUGUGUCCAUGAACAUGAGUGCUAUGCCUGAACUCUUUUGGAAGAAUUCUCUUAUGGUAAAACCAACUGAUCGAGAAGUAGAUUGUCAUGAAAAUGCUUGGGAUUUCAGGGAUGGUAAAGACUUUAGAAUCAAAAUGUGCACCCAAAUCAACUCAGACUAUCUUGACAUUGUACAUCAUGAAAUGAGCCACAUUCAGAACUAUUUGCAGUACAAGGACCAACCUAUAGUCUUCAGAAAUGCUGCAAAUCCAGGAUUUGGAGAGGGAGCUGCAGAUGUCAUAGGUUUAAGUACUUCUACACCUGAUCAUCUGCAAAAAAUAAAACUAUUGGGAAACUAUACAACAGAUCAAGAGGCUUCUUUAAACCAAUUGUAUUUGAUGAGUUUGGAGAAAUUAGUUUUCCUUCCGUUCGGUUACAUCGUGGACUUGUGGCGUUAUGAAGUUUUUAGGGGAAGAACUACUAAGGAUCAGUAUAACUGUAAAUGGUGGAAAUUAGUGGAAGAAUAUCAAGGACUUGAGCCACCAGUUGAUAGGAGUGAAGAUGAUUUAGAUCCUGUAGCCAAAUACCACGUAGCUGCGGAUGUUGAAUAUUUAAGGUACUUUGUCGCAUAUGUGAUUCAGUUUCAGUUUCAAAGAUCCUUGUGCAUAGAAGCUGGAGAAUACGAUCCCAACAAUCCGAAAACUAAACCUCUUCAGGAAUGUGAUAUAACUAGCAGUACAAAGGCUGGAAAUCUUUUCAAAUCUAUGCUAAAACUGGGCGCCUCUAAAUCAUGGCAAGAUGUAAUGGAAGUAUUAACAGGUGAAAGGAAAAUGAGCAGUUCUGGUAUAUUGGAUUAUUUCAAACCGCUUCAGGAUUGGCUCACCACUGAGAACAAAAAAAACAAGAAUUAUAUUGGGUGGAAAAAAAGCAGCAAACGUUGCUUACCAUCUGGAGGAAAAGUUUAAUUCUGAUACAUUUAUCAAUCAGUAUUUGGAAAUCUUUAUUAUUAAAUUAGGUAAAAUAUGUAUCUGUAAGUUAAAUACAAAUUUAAACAAGUUUUUAUUUUAAGCGUUGUAUGGUUUAUAAAUGGUUUGUAGGAUGUAGGGACUAAUUACCGAGAGUGCAC